AUACAUUUUUAUAAUUUAGAUAAAAAUGGAGGCCUGGGUAACCCUUGCCACUAAUGACAGUUACAGUGCUGGUGCACUUGCAUUAGCUUCUAGCCUACGUAGAGUUGGAACCACAAGGCAGCUAGUGUGCAUGGUUACUCAGGGAGUUGGUGCUAAAAUGUUAACAGCGCUCAAGAAGAAAUUUGAUCAGGUUGUGUCUGUGGAAGAGAUGGAUAGUGGCGAUGCUGAGAAUUUAAGAUUGUUGGAUCGACAUGAUCUUGGAAUUACUUUUACUAAGAUUAGAUGUUGGACUCUCACCCAGUACUCUAAAUGUGUGUUUCUGGACGCUGACACAAUGCUGAUCUCGAAUGCUGAUGAACUAUUUGACCGGGAGGAGUUCUCAGCUGCUCCAGAUGCAGGAUGGCCAGACUGUUUCAACAGUGGAGUUUUUGUAUUAAAACCAAGUUUAGAAACAUACUCCGCCAUUCUCAAACAUGCGGCAGAUACUGGAUCAUUUGACGGCGGAGAUCAGGGUUUAUUGAACACCUAUUUCUCUGACUGGGCAACUAAGGAUAUAUCAAAACAUCUUCCUUUUAUCUACAAUAUGGUGGCUAGUGCUUCAUACUCCUACCUUCCCGCUUACAAGAAGUUUGGACAGAAUGUUAAAAUUAUACAUUUUAUUGGUGCAACUAAACCGUGGUUGGUUGGAUUUGACUCUAGAGGAGAACCUCUUGUUGGAAAUACCGAAUCUCACACCAAAAGUCAUCUUCAACUCUGGUGGCAGAUAUUUUCAACUGAGGUUAAGCCACUGCUUGUGGAGCACUGCGAAGGCGGCCAAACGGAUUAUCCCUUCUUGAGAGUUGAGGUUGGAUCUAACUACUCCUCAAAUCCUCCAGCUCCAGCUGCCCCUCCAGCAGAUAGUAGAGGAGAUUGGGAGAAGGGGUCUCCCGAUUUUACUGGAACUGCCGCUUUCAACAAUAUUUUGAAGAAAAUGGAUGAAACCCUGUCCGCGGAAAAAUAAACAGAAACCCUGUCUGCAUGGAUAAAUGAACGGAAACCCUGUUUGCUGAUAAAAAACGGAAACCCUGUUCUUAGAAUCUGAAAGUGAAAGCUCCGGAAUCUCUUGUACUCUGGCGCAGUAAAUUCCAAAUUUGCCAUUUUAUUUUAUAAAACUUUAUUUCGUGAAACUUAAAGUUAGCAUCUUUUAUGUAAAUUUUGUUCAUAAUGUUUUAUUGUUAAUAAAAUAUUCAUUUGGAUUA